UAACGGAAUGGGCCUACUGACCGUUAGAAACGAUCUUCACAGCCACCGCUCUCUCCCUCUGUACCGUAUCUAAACCAUCACACAGAGAAACCGCCAUGCAGAGGCUGCAGCGAGAGCGGCCGAGACCGGAAUCACCGUCCUUACCUCGCCUUCGCUCCGCCAUGGACUCCCGCCACGCAAUUCUCGGCUGACGGACGUUGGAAGAAAUUGGCCAAAAGCGAGCUGCAGAAAAAUUGAGCAAAACUUCGUCCGGACCUGAUCUCAGCAAAGCCUCCAUCCCUAUCGAUAAUGUAGGAAUGUGAAAAUCGGAGAGCGCGAAUCGGCUUUCUGAGAUAGACAGUUAGUGUUUUGGUUGCUCAGAUAAAGAACUUGGAGAAGAAGAAUGCGGAAUUGGAGGAGCAAAACAAAAACUUGGCUUCCAUGCUUGAAACAAGGGAAGCUUGGGGCGAUGUGCUGCAGAAACGUCUAAAUGAUCUGGUAGAUGUAGCACCUUUUAAAUCUCUUUGCAUUUUUCUUUCAGUAAAGAUUAUGUCUUCCAUAUUUUGCUGUCAUGUUUUCAUUUCAGGGUCCGUAUAAAAUUUUCAGCUGCCAGUAAUUCCGUUAUUUGUUAGAGAUAUUGAUUCACAAUGAAUGUACAACUAUUGGAAAGAAAAGGGCUUUACUAGUUAACUUUUUCAGCCUGUUCUCAUCUACUACUCGCUGUAAAUUGCUGGAGAAAAUCACUGUACCGUCAUUGAGAAAAGCUCUCAAAGAUGUUGCAAUGGAGAAAGAUGCGGCAGUUGUUGCACGGUUACUGACCAUCUAUAUGUUAGUCGGUGUUUCAUCUCACUUGGUUCUCUCUAUUUUGUUUCACUGUCAAAAUUUGAUUUCUUAGUGUAGGACGAUCUUUCAGCACAGCUUCGUACGCUCAAGAAACGGUUAAAGGAUGCAGAGAAGAACAGUAUCAAGUUGAGGAAGACACAGCCGCUUUGAGAGCAGAACUGAAUAUGUUACAGCAACAAGCAAUGAGUGGUUCACUUGGUGCAAUGAACUCAAUUUCUAAUUCACCAGAUCAGAUACAAAUGUUAGAAAAGGAGUCAGCUAGCUUAAAAUCUGCGUUGCAGCAAGAGUCACACUUGAGGCGACAAGAGCGACAACAAUUAGCAGAGGAGCAAGCUCGGGCAUCCACGCUUACAUCUGAAAAGCAAGAAUUGGAAGAAAAACUUGCAGCUAUGCCUAGAAAGGCUUCAGAAAUCUCGGAGAAAGUGGCUGGCAAGGAAUUUGCUCUUGAAGACAAGGAGAAACUUGAGCAGCAGUUGCAUGACAUGGCGGUAGUGAUAGAGAAAUUGGAAAGCAGUAGACAAAAACUUUUGAUAAAGAUUGAUUCCCAAUCUUCAGAGAUAGGGCUUUUCGAGGAAAAUUCUGAUCUCUCGAAUUCUUAUCAGCAAACGGUGAGCAUAUCAGCGCACUGGGAGAAUCAGGUGAAAAACUGUCUUAAGCAUAACGAAGAGCCUUUAGAUAAGUUGAGAACAGAACAGGCUAAGGGGUUGUUAGAAUCCCAUGAUGGCAGGGCCAAUGAUACUGGUUCAGCUGCAUAUACAACUGAAGUUCUCUCCAUCAAGGAUCAACUCGCGAAAGAACAGAGGAGAGCAGAGGCAUUAUCAGCUGAAGUAUUGCAGCUCUCUGCACGACUCCAACAAGCCACCCAAGCAUACAAUGGGCUUGCACGCCUGUAAGCUCCCGCUCCCUCUUUCCCUCCUUCCAUUUCUUGUAAGUUUCGUGCUAAACAUUGAGAGCAGUCUCAUCAAGAUGAAACAAGGCGGCCCCGUGACUGUGCGGUGAAUGCAAAGGCAAAUCAGCUCAACCCCCUUUAUACUAAACUUGGUUAAAGUAGCACAUUUUUAUUUGUCAAGUCCGAAACCCAUAUGCUCGACAUUCUUCAUCCAUCAAAAUGUUCAAUAAGUAAAGGUAAAGGAAAAAAAAAGUGUAGUUAUGUAAAAAUUGGGUUUUAAUUACCUAUUUCGUUUUGAUGUCCUAUUUGGGUUUGAAUUUGACUUUUUUAGUUGGAUUCCUUGCUUGGUGGAGAGAUUUUGUCAAUCACCUAUUUGAUUAGGAUUUGGGUUUUAAUUACCUAAGUCUUAUGCACUCUAAGUAGGAGCUUAAAGUUGGUUUAUUUUGUGUGCCUCGCCAUUAGUUUAGAAAGUUUUCUCUGGUUGAGCUUUGGGUGGAGGUCACCGUUUAAGGUCUUGAGUAUGGUAAAUUUAUGGCUCAUUCGUUUGGCAAUUACAAUUUGCGAGAAUCUUUUUUGUUUGUUAUUGGGUUCUCUACUCAUUUUGUUUAUGGUUGUAAUUGUGGGAUUUGGGUUGUGAGAGUUUUAACAUUAUUUUGUAAUUUCUGUUUGUUUAGUGAAAUUUAUGGCCGUGCUUUGCCCAUGAA